GGAACAAUCCCGAUUCAACCGUCGCAACGGGAAAGACGUUGAGCUUCCCCCAGUUUGGGUUUCUUUUUCGUUUUCAGAAGCAGAAUGUUUGCCAGGCAAUUCGCAUUCAGGGCGCUCGGGCAACCAUGCCCCAAGUCUUCUAUACCACCGAUUUUCUACCCAUCUAGUCCGACAUGGAGAUAUUUCUCAUCGAGUGUUUCCCGAACGAAAGCGGCCCCCAAGGUGAAGCAACCGCAGAAGAAAAUACCAUAUCGUGAAACGAAACCUUCAUUACAGCCCAAAAGCUCUUCUCAACCGGAAGAAACUCUGAGAUUUGCCGGACGUCGCCCAAUGGGUUUCGCGAAGCUAGAACGAAAGGUCGCUAAAGAAGGCGACAUAAUGUUAUUCAAGGCGCCGUCGCAUCGCAGCUACGUCCUCGGGGCCUACGGAAUCGCCUUUUUCUGUUUCGCUUACUCGGUGUACAAUUCUAAUGCUGUUUUCCGAGAUCCAAUUGUGACGCUACCCAUGUGGCAGCAAGGCUUGGCUGGAGGUAUUUGUGUCGUGAUGAGUGUUAUGGGCACCGUCUUUCUGGUCAAGACCGGAAGGUUGAUCAAAAGCAUCAAGGCAGUCAACUCAAAUGGCCAGGCAUAUCUGCGCUUUACAGUGCGGCGCAUGAUCCCGUUCCUAAAGCCAAUGGAAUUUGACGCACUACCCCGUCAAAUUGCUUUCUCACGCCGUCUGGUUGUAUCGCCCGAUGCACACCGCGCAGACCGAGCACAAGAUCCGACAGGCUCGAAGAGUACUAGCUUCUUUAAGGAACCCACGAAGAAGUUGAGCAUGCUUGGGUAUAGGUUCUUCCGGUCUGUUCGACAAAUCUUCACACAGGAGGACUUUAUCCUCUUGGAAAUUGAGGGCCAAAAGGGCUCGUUUCGGAUGGACUCAGCUGGCUACGUCUCAGAAGACUUUUUGGUCGUCGGGAACCCUGUGUCGGUGAAACGCCCGAGUAACUAGGCCCUUUCCCUUUUUUAUGAUGAUCCUUUCGGGUCACCUGUAUAGCUAUUACUCGUUAUUUAAGCGCAAUUGGGGAUUAACAUUUAUUAUACCUUUAUUUUGUAUAUAUAAACUCUGAUUAUGACAUAAGGUACUCCAUGUUAUUAC